AGUUCAUUUUGAAGGUUUUUACAAUAUCAAAACACAACAGACCCUAAUAUUGUUUUAGAUGUUGCAUAAACUUUAUAUUACAUAUUCUGCUUUACUUGGAUGCUAGGUAUUUAAAUCAGAGAACCUUGAACCUGACAUGCUUAUUUGGUCCAUGUAAAUUUCAAUGUGCAAUGAACUAAACUCCAUUCUCAGAAGCUUGGUUUAGCUAAUUUUGGUUUUGGGAAUUAUCUAGUGAGUUUGAGAACAGUCAUUGGUGGGGCAACAUUUUGGUUGGUCUGAAAUGGGAAAGAUUAUAUUUACAACCAAAAUGUUCUUUAUGGAGAUGCCAAAUAAUUUCCGAUUACCAAUUUGAUGUUGCCCAGGUUGAGUUAAUCAAGUGUUUUCAAUUAUCUUUACAACCGCAUAUGGAGUCUGUUGAUUUUGACAAAGUCUUGUUCUUUGGCUUCCUACUUACAAUUUGCUUGGCAUGGAAUCUAUCACUCAGUUUGAAUUCCAACAGUGAUACUAGGCAGAAAGUGGCAAGUGAGAAGGAUGAUAUGAAUGAAUCACAGAAAGAUAUCCUAGUGUGGAAAAAUAUCCUUGUGUGGAAAGAUCUCCUUGCCAAGCCUCAUGAGUGGUGGGACGUCAGAUCGAAAGAGGGUUCCCCAAAGGCUGCAGCCUUCGAGCGUAAGAGUAAUGGCGAAUUACGUAUGAUUGAUGAUUCAACUCCCGAGGUUUCUCUCACUCUCCCUUACGCCAAUUUCGAUUUUCUUAAUGUGGGUUGCUCCACUUCUUUAUUAAUCAUCUGCAUCUCUAUGCUAUGUCACUGA